AUGUCGGGGAAGCGGCUCCUGGAUGCUAUCCAGCUCCUGAAUGUUGCCAAAAACGUUGCGGGCAAGCAUCUUACCAUCCGACAACAGCAGUUGGAUGUUUUUACACGCACGUCUUCUUUGACAAAGGGUCUCAAGCAGCAGGUUGACAAUUUGGUUAUUACUGCUCAGGCAGCUUCAGCAUUGGCUCGACGUUUUGAUGAGAAAAAGCCAUCUACUUCAUGGUCGGAUGAUCGUCCUGCCAGACCCGCCAAUGAGGAUCUAAUCAACCACACAUUUCAACAAGAUGCCGGACAGAGCAGUCAGAGCCAGGCGCAUGAUGUAAAGAUUGUUGAUUCGAAAACAACAUUGUCUUCUGAAGAAGCCAGGAAGCUACAAAGACCAUCCGAGUUCCAAAUACCCGCCAAACAAGCGGCUCCCGAGCCAACAUCAACAUCUGAUCAUCUCAUCACCAGCAAAGCUCAAGAUACGUUUUAUAGUCCAUCUUUGAGCUUAAAAGUGGGACUUUCUUCACUUCCUAGGGUUAAGAUACCGCAGGAGGGAAGCGUUGCGCAAGAAAGCGAUCCACAUGUCACUUCGGGGCCUAUAAAUUCUGAUGUGUUCCAUACCCCCAAAAGCACAUCGCAGGAACCUUCGGAAGAUGCUCUGCAAGCUGUGUUCCGUAGCCCAAGGGUUGCUGGCUUGCUUCUGUCGAAGAAGGAAAGGAAUCCAUAUAUCACCAACAGAGGAGAUCAAGCUGCAAAACAUGAGCCAGUUCAAAAGGAAAUCAUCGACAAUUUAACAGAGAAACCAAAAGUUGAGAAAGAUGUUACGCCUACAAUCGAGACCUUACCAAAAGACGCUCAGGACAUCACCGCGGAGGCCACAAUAAACACGGAAACUCCCUAUCAAAUGUCAGAAUCGCGAGUCCCCUCUACACGCCUCGGCAGAAUCUGGGAAUACGGAGGACUCGCUACAUCAAUGGCUUUUGGCGCUUUUGGUGAAGGCUUUCGAAGGGCGACCGGAUCUGGUGACGCCAACGGCUCGAUCAUGUUUAGUGCCGGGAAUAUGGAACGUCUCGUCGCAAAGCUUUCUAAGAUGAGAGGUGCUGCUCUUAAAUUAGGUCAAAUGAUGAGUUUUCAAGAUUCCCGGAUGCUACCUGAGCCUAUUGCUGCCGUUUUGCAACGAGUCCAAGACCGUGCUGAUUAUAUGCCGGCUUCACAAAGAGACAAGGUACUUGUUGACAACUUAGGCCCCAACUGGCGAGAUCUAUUCGAGUCCUUUGAAGAAAUCCCCAUGGCCGCGGCUUCAAUAGGCCAAGUCCACGGCGCAGUCUUGAAGAAAGAUGGACGACGCGUAGCCAUCAAAAUUCAAUAUCCCGGCGUAGCAGACUCCAUCGACUCCGACCUCAACAACCUCUCCAUCCUCCUCACAGCAACCCGCCUCUUACCCAAGGGCCUAUUCCUCGAUAAAACAAUCGCCAAUGCCCGCACCGAACUCGCCUGGGAAUGCGACUACGAACGCGAAGCCCAAUGCGCUGAACGAUUCCGUGACCUCCUCAAAGACGAUUCUUCUUCUUUUGUCGUCCCCGAAAUCAUCCAUGAAGCCUCCGGCAAACAAGUCCUGACUAUGGAACGAAUGGACGGUAUAGCUGUUACCAAAAUCAAGAAUUUCACCCAAGAACAACGCGACCGAAUCGGCACGGAGAUUCUUAGACUUUGUCUUCGCGAAAUUGUCGAGUUUCGGUUUAUGCAGACCGAUCCCAACUGGACUAAUUUCCUCUACAACGCCGAAAAGAAUCGCCUCGAAUUACUCGAUUUCGGUGCUUCGCGCGAGUACCCCUCUGACUUCAUUGAGACAUACGUCGACACCCUCGUUGCCGCGGCACGCGACGACAGAGAAAGCUGCCGUACCCUCUCUCUCAAACUGGGCUAUUUGACAGGCUACGAAUCCCAAGCCAUGGUCGACGCACACAUCGACUCCAUCAUGACCCUCGCCGAACCAUACCGUGGCUCGGCGCCGGAUAUCUACGAUUUCCGUGACCAAACGAUCACGGAUCGAGUACGGUCACUGAUCCCGACGAUGUUGAAGGAGAGAUUGGCGCCGCCGCCGGAGGAGACGUAUAGUCUGCAUCGGAAGUUGAGUGGUGCGUUUUUGUUGUGUGCCAAGUUAGAGAGUAGAGUGCCAUGUAAGGAGAUGUUUAGGGAAAUUGUGGGGCGGAGAUAG